CGAUGGAGGAGGAGAGGGAGACUCUGGCCGAUGCCUCGGAGAAGGAUGUGCAGCGGCUCUUGGAUCGGGUGCGGGGGAAAUCCAGCAAGAAAGACAGCUCUAGCGCGCCGAAUUCCAGUGCGAAGCGCUGCAUUUGGGAUUCUUCCAGAGCUGCCGCUACCGCGUCGGUUUGUGGCGCGCCGGCGGCGGUAGCGCAGUCGCACCAGGAGAUUUUGCUGGCGCGGGAGAAGAAUGCGGCCGAGAAAGGCAAGAUUGAAGCCCCGGAAGACGAUAUCGACUGGGAAGUUGGUGAUGGGAAUUUCCAGUGCUUGAAGAAUGGCUUAACGAUAGAAGUGGAAAAGGAUGUCGGUGGAAAAAAGAAAAUCACAAGGAGAGCGAACGCGAAAGACAAGGAAUUCGCGGAGCUUGUUCAUAAGCUGCGUCUCUUGUGUUUGCUGGCUAGAGGGAGGCUCGUGGACGCUGCCUGUGACGACACGCUACUCAAGGGAUUGGUUUAUUCGCUUGUGCCAGCUCGGUUUACUUCGUCCAUCGAGCCGGAGAAAACGACUGUGUCGACUCUGACUUCUCUUGUAAGAUGGCUCAAUAGCGUGAUGCAAAUUGCUGUUGGAUCUGUGAGUGGACCCUUGUCCGAGUUGAGUAAGGUCCUUUCCCGGCAAUUUGGUUCAGAAGAAGAGAUUGCGGCGAUCACAGUGGCCAUGUUCCGUGCUCUGACAUUUAAAACCAGAUAUGUCUGCGUUUUGGACGUGGCUUCCAUAAAGCCCGAUACAGAAUCGAUGCUCGCUUCGGAAAACUGGGAAGAAAAUGUAGCUGACUCUAGAACAAAAGCAGGGAGGCUUUUCUCAGAUUUUAGGCCUGGUGGCUCACCAGAUGUUUGGACGUCGAAACGUGAAACCGAAGACUUAACAACUUCGCCAGCUUCGACAUCUACGAGGGUUCUGUCCAACGACGGCCCUGAACCAUCAAAACCUCAAUCAACCAGCAAAAAGAGGAAUCACACGCCAACUUCAAAGCCUGCUGUCAGCAAUACAGAUGAGACGACUCCAGCCACUCAACAGAAAAGAAAACGAAGGGGUGAUGAAGAGUUCGAGCUGGAACUGGCACGGGCAAUGGCUGCGACCAGUGCAGCAGUGGUAUCUACACCCCAACCGGCUUCUAAAGUUGUUCAGCCCAAGCCUCCUCCGCCGGUGGUUUGGUCUCGAAAGAAAGGUCCUCUCCUGCACUGGGCAGAAGUCUUUUGUGGCGAUGACAGCUCGGGAAGAUGGAUUCACGUCGAUGCUGCUCGAAAUCUGGUCGAUGACGUUGAGAAAAUCGAGGCCUCGAGCAAGCAGCCAGUUCGUUACGUCGUCGCGUUUGCUGGAUCCGGAGCAAAAGAUGUGACUCGCAGGUACACUACUUCCUGGUCCAAGAUACAGGCAUUAAGAGUGGACGAAGGAUGGUGGAGUGCAUGUCUCUCUCCUCUUAGGCUCUUGGAAUCAAAUGCAUACGACUCACACAGAACUUCAAACGAAGAAAGGAACACGAGAGAAGAUAUGGAGCUGGAUGUGAAGUCUUUUACUGAGCCGCUACCAACAAACCAACAGGCGUACCGAAACCACCACUUGUAUGUCAUGGAACGAUGGCUGACAAGAUACCAAGUGCUACAUCCGAAAGGGCCCAUUUUAGGCACUUGUGGUGGCAAGCCUGUUUAUCCCCGGACGUGCGUUCAGGAUCUUCACACCAAAGAACGGUGGCUACGAGAAGGAUUUGCUGUGAGAGAAGGAGAAGAGCCCGUCAAGAUCAUAAAAUCUCGUAAUUUGGCCCGCAAAGUAGAGGGAGCGCCCGACGAGCCUUCUCUAGUGCUCUUGUUCGGAAAAUGGCAAACCGAUCCAUGGCAACCUCCGCCGGCAGUGGAUGGAAUUGUUCCAAAAAACGAGCGAGGCCAUGUGGAUGUAUGGUCAGAAAAAUGUAUACCUCCUGGAACCGUGCACCUCGCGCUCCCGCGGGUGACCCCGGUCGUCCAGAUGCUGGGGAUCGACUUCGCACCGGCAAUGGUCGGGUUUGAGAUCCGGCAGGGGCGCUCGGUACCAGUUUUCCAAGGGGUGGUCGUGUGCGAUGAAUUCAAGGACGCCAUCCUACAGGUGUACCGCGCCGAGGAAGAGCGAAGGGAGGCCCAGCUGCGAGAGAAGACCGAGGCACAAGCGGCUCUACGGUGGAGGCAGCUGCUGCGUUCCAUGGUGACGAGGGAGAGAUUGCGAGCAGCGUACGAAGACAAAGGUGUGAGCAGCAGCGUCCCAGAGGCGGAGGAAGAAAAGGCCCGGGCUGCUGCUGACCAUUCGAGUGCUGCUGCCAGUGAUGAUCGCGCAGCGAGGAGGAGGCCCGCAAAGGCGGAUGAUGAGAACCACGUCCACAGCUUCCCGGACGAGUGGCAGAGCUACGACGAGGAGGCGUGCGUUCGGAUCAAGCGCUGUGGCUGUGGCUUUGAGCUGCGAGUGGAAGAAAUGUAAGGUAUGUUUUCAUCUUUCAAGGAUAGAAUCUACAAACUUUGAUGGCCUUGGAGAUGGCAAACUCUCGCCUUUUUAGAGGCAUGGAGGACAAUCACCAGAUAAAAGCUAUCGGAACCAUAUUAAAUCCGUGCUCGAAAACAUCGCCUGAAAGCAAUCGGUGGCUAAGGUCUGUGCAACAGCCUUGUCAUCGCUUUCCAAACUUUGAGCUGCCAUUUUGUAGCAUGAAUUUUAAUCCGAAGUUAACUCAUCUUAUUAGUGGAAGAA